AUGAUCUCCCCGCGCAAGGUGGUGCUCGUCCUCAUCUCCGUGAUCGCAUUUCUCGCUGUCCUCCGCUCGUUCCGAACGCCCCAAGUCCCCGGCGCGCCCGGGUACAAGCCCGUGAAAAAAAUCUCCGACGAAGAGGCAGACACACUCGCAAAUCCUCGCCGCAAAAUACCACCCAAUGGUCGAACCCAACUACCCCUCGGCGCAUCGCCGACAGCGCCUCUCCGCGAGCGUCUCCGCUAUCAAUUCCCCUAUGAGAUGGACCAACAUUUCCCCGCAUACAUUUGGCAGACGUGGAAGUACAACCCAUCUUCCAUGUGGUUUGAUGAAGACCUUCGGGGUCCGGAAGCUAGCUGGACCGAGCUGCACCCGGGGUUCACGCACGAGGUUAUCACCGAUGACACGCAAGCCCACCUGAUCAAGUACCUGUACGGAUCGGUACCGGAUGUGUAUGAGGCCUACGACUCGCUCCCUCUAGGAGUCAUGAAGGCGGAUUUCUUCCGGUACCUGGUGCUACUGGCCCGUGGCGGGGUGUACAGCGACAUCGACACACGGGCGCUUAAGCCGGCGCACACGUGGCUGCCGGAGGAAUUGGACCGGUCGACAAUUGGAUUUAUCGUUGGCAUUGAGGCUGAUUCUGACCGCCCAGACUGGCAUGAUUGGUACACGCGUCGGCUGCAGUUUUGCCAGUGGACUAUUGUGUCCAAGCCGGGACAUCCUAUUCUCCGUGACAUGGUGGCUUAUGUUACCGAGGAAGCUUUGCGCAUGAAGAAAGCCGGUAUUCUGAAAGUUGGCAAGAUGGAUAAGACCAUCAUGGAAUUUACUGGGCCUGGUGCCUGGACGGAUACGGUUUUCCGAUACUUCAAUAAUCCGGCCUAUUUCAAUAUCCAACCUGGUGAUAAGAGCAUCUCAUACGAGAACUUCGCAUAUCAGACCACACAUCGGAAAAUGGGCGAUGUGGUGGUUUUGCCUAUAACAAGCUUCAGUCCUGGCGUGGGUCAGAUGGGUGCCGGAGAUACGGAUGACCCCAUGGCCUUUGUGAAGCACAAUUUUGGAGGCACGUGGAAGACAGAUCCAUCGCUAUGA